CUCGUGCAGCAGGUGAGAGCAGUAGUUUCGCCUGUUCGCUCUCAGACACAGAGCGGCGGAGGAGCUGUGAGGAGCGGUAGGAACGGCUGCAGUUACUGGAAGGAAUCAUGGGGAAAAUACAAGAAUUCGAUAUCACUCUUUACAACAACAAGGUGGUUUACGGGCCCGGAGAGUCGGUGAGCGGCACGGUGAAGAUUCGAACCAACAGCGCGCUGCAGUGUAAAGGCAUUAAGGUGAACUGUCAGGGUUCUUGUGGCAUCUCCAACAAAGUGAACGAUACGUCCUGGAGUCUGGAGGAGCAGUACUUCAACAGCAUGCUCUCUGUUGCUGACAAAGGGACGUUAACGGCUGGAGAACACAGUUUCCCUUUCCAGUUCCUCAUUCCAGCGGCUGCUCCCACUUCCUUCGAGGGUCCAUUUGGGAAGGUCACUUACCGUGUGGUGGCGUCCAUCGACACACCCCGGUUCUCCAAGGACUACAAGGCCACCAAACCAUUUUACCUGCUCAACCUACUGAACCUCAACGAGGUUCCGGAUAUCGAGCAGCCCAGUUCUGCUGUGAUCACAAAGAAGUUCAGUUACCUCCUGGUGAAGACCGGCACCCUGAUGCUGAAGGCUCGCAGUGACCGGAGAGGCUACGUCCCUGGGCAGGUUAUCAAGAUGGCCACUGAGAUCCAUAACAAGUCAGGGAAGGACACGGGAUGCGUACUGGCCAGUCUGAUACAGAAAGUGACCUAUAAGACCAAGAAGCCUUUGUUUGACCUGCGGACCAUCGCUGAGGUGGAGGGAGCAGGAGUGAAGGCGGGAAAACACGCUGAGUGGAGGGAGCAGAUUAUCGUCCCGCCCCUGCCUCAGUCGGGAUUAGCAGGAUGUAGCCUUAUAGACAUCGACUACUUCAUUCAGGUGUCGCUGAAGUCUCCAGACGCAGUCGUGGUUUUGCCCAUCUACAUAGGCAACAUCACUUUAAACACUUCUCCGUCCAGAACCGUGGCCUCCACUCCAGACCACAGCGGCGCCGCAGGGAUCACACCCACCGCUCCACCGGCAGAGGAGCACCUGGACGAGAGUUUGUGCGCAGGAGGCGCGGUCAGCGAGGAGAUUCCGACAAAAAGCCACUCCCAGCAGGACUCCUCCGGGCAGCCCGUCACCAUGUCGCCCAGCGCCUUCAGCCACGCGCCAGGUGCGGCAAUGCCUCCAGGACACAGGAGGCCCGACAUGUCCUCCCCACUGUUUUGUCUCUCCACCGGAGCAACGAUACCUUUCUUCACCGAAGGAGAUGUGACUCCCAUUCCCACUUCCUGUUCCCUGAUCCUGCCUCCAGAGUACAGCAGCUGGGACUACCCUCAUGAACCUCCCCCCACAUACGAGGAAAGCUGCAGCAGCGUCAACUCCAGCGUCAUCAACAGGCAGUAGACAGGAAGAAGCUGAUGGUGCGCCAAGGCCACAUUCACAUUUACAUAUAUGCCCUCACCUGUGGAACAAUCAGAACAGGUUGAGGUGACAGCAGACGGACAGAAGCCUGAAAACCCCAAAGAUUCGGUUGUUGUUGUUUUAACCUUUUUUCCUGUUUUAAAAAAUUGACUCUGUCUUUUAAGGAACAUUUAAGAUAGAUUUUUGAUUAAUUGUUUCAUAGACAUAACAGGUGAUGAUCACUGUGCCUAAAAGACGUCUCUUGGACUGUCCCGCGGUUUAGAUGACUGUGAAUGGACUGGUUUCCCUCUGGGGCCGGGGUUAAAUCUUUCCUCUUUAUUGAAUUGUUGCAUCUGUGAUGCUUUGAAUCAUGUUCGUCAGCCUGCUGGAGGCUCAGGGUUGACCACACCCAAAGUCAGUGACAAUGAUCCUAAUGUACACUUGUUCCUGUGGUUGGCUGUAGUGUGUGUUUCUUUGUCCUUCUUCUUGUCAGAGAGACGGAAAGGUCUUCGCCUAGAGGCAUCCUGUGGACCUGUUUUUAAAGGGAUAGUUGUGUGUGUGUGUGUGUGUGUCUCAGAUACUGGCACAUGGUAACAAGACCUGAUAGCUCAAACUAUGACCACUAUACUAAAGUCUCCAAUCUCUCCAGAAUAUGUUUACUGCUCAGUCUCACUUCUUUCAACAGUUUGUGUUGGUUUACCAAUUUCCCAUACAAAAGUCCAUUGAAGAAAAUGAGGAUUUAACUGUGCAGCACACAGCAGUUGUUUAUCUACUUCUUUACUGUUUCAGAUUUUUAAUACCAUAAAGAAGAAGAACUAGCCUCCUGUUUUCUUAUGCUUAAAUCUCUGUUUUUCUCUAUGGACUUUGGAGCAGCAGGGUGUCCUGGGUUUCCGGGACAGUGACUGUUCAUUUCAAGUGUGGGUGGAAUCACGACUGCACACCUUUGUCUCUGUGUAGAACAAAUGAAACCUCUCUUUUCCGCAUUUUUAUCUGUUUCUGUCCGAGAAGUCUAAAGGAACCUUUUUAGUUAUGCACCUUAAAACACUUUUUGUACAUUUAACAAAGUAUUUAUGCCUAUUUCAACUCAAACUGUUCCUUCUGUCAAAUUAAUUAGACUAUGUAUGCAGGAGACCUCUGCUCUCACAUUGAUUCGUUUCAGUGGUUUUCAAGAUAGAAAUCCCAUUAAAAAUUCAAACAUA